AUGGCUGCCCCCAAGGUUGACUUAGAAGAGAACCGGCGCCGCAUGGCUGCCGAAGAGCUGUACUACGCAUUCACACCGGACCUGGUAGCAGAUAGACGGAGAUGCCGACUGGCCUUUGAGGCAUACAACAGAGCCGGAGACGUAUCACGACGCAGACUUGUCGAGCUUUGGAAGGACGUCACCAACGACAAAACCCCUCUCCCUCCCCAGGCCCCAACUGAUGAGGAGGAUGAGGCGCAAUUGGAAGAUUAUCCGUGGGUGGAUGGGCCCAUCAAGCUGGACUAUGGAUACAACGUGAACGGAGGGCAUCCACUAGACCCUUCAAUCCGCAAUGGAACACGUGGUCCUGAGUUCGGCAAGCCGAUCACCAUAGGGGAGGAUUGCUGGCUGGGCGGCAAUGUCAUUGUGGUCCCUGGCGUGACAAUAGGCAAAGGGGCAACCGUCGGAGCGGGCAGUGUUGUGACCAAGGAUGUUCCGCCGUACACGGUCGUCGUAGGGAACCCAGCGCGGAUCCUGAAGAAGAUCGAGGUCUCUGAUACAGGGGCUGCUGCGGACAGCGAAUCCGGCGUCGAGGUUCUGACUGGCGAAAGCGUGCCAACGAUAUGA